AUUGUCAUUGACAUCAAGAAAACAAGAAAAAAAAAAUGGGUGAAGUUAAUGAUGGGAUGCUUUCCCCUUUCCAAUCCUUGCCGGAAGGCUGCAAAUCACACAUCAUCUUUUACACAUCUAUUCAAGAUGCAUGCAGUGCAUCACUCAUUUCUAAGGAGUUCAACUCUGCUUCUAAGUCUGAUACUGUUUGGGGAAAAUUUCUUCCUCCAGAUCUCAAAGAGAUCAUCUCAAAUUUAGUUCCCUGGUUGAGCUCUAAAACGAAGAAAGAGCUCUACCGUUUGCUUUGUCACUUUUCAAACCCGAUCGACAAGGGAAUCCUGAUCAACAAGGGAAACCGGCGCUUCUGGCUAACUAAGUGCUCGAAAAAAUGUUAUAUGCUGAGCGCGUGGGAGCUCUCCAUUCAUAAGAAAGAAGAUCCUGAGUGCUGGAAGUGGUAUGAGUUAUCUGGAUCAAGGUUUUCUGAGGUGGCUGAGCUGCAGCGAGUAGAUAUCCUUGAUAUACGAGUAAAAAUGCCAGCUCGAUCACUGUCACUGAAGACUAAUUAUGGGGCUUACCUUGUGUUCAAAACUAAUGAGUAUUCCUAUGGACUUAAAACUGUUGCCAAGGCUUCUGUUAGCUUUGCUGCUACUGCUGGCACUAGUGGUCUCUCUGAGCCUAUGGAAGGCGACUCUGUCUACCUAAAAAUACCUACAGACGUACAUUAUCUAACACCUACAGAUGAAGAUGAUCCAAGAUAUAGAGGGUGGGAGCCUGAUCUGCAGCGACGAUUUGUUCUGGUGCCUCGGCCUGAGCAUGAAAUUGAUGGCCGGGUUCCACGUGAGAGAAACGAUGGAUGGCAGGAGAUUAUGCUGGGAGAAUUUUUUAACGAUGAAGGUGUUGGCGAUGUCGAGAUAAAAAUUUCAGAAAUUCUCGAUUGGAAAAAAGGCCUCAUUCUCGAGGGAAUUGAGCUUCGACCCAAGGAAGAAGCGUGAUACUCUGAGUCAGUACUAAAACUUUGCGACUAAUGAUGCUACUUGGCAAGGAUCGUUCUGUUAAGUCGUGAGGUGUGUUAUAUUAAAAUAAUGGCAGUUGAUUGGGAACAGCCGGUUUGUUUUCCUUUUGCGAAGGGUUAGAACCUUUUGCUUUUUUUUUUUUUUUUGGGGGUCUGGCUACAUUUCCAACUGAAUUGAUAAGAUUGUUUUGUAAAAUAAAAUGGUAAACUUUAAAUUUGUCUAAUAAAAUAAUAAAUUUCAUAAGUUAAUCCA